GUGCCGCGAUCGGGCAAAUCCCCUGUGUGUUGUUGUUUAUCUUGUAAAAGGCUAAGAAAAAAAAAAUUUUGUUUUUGCCGUUUGUGUGUAUGCUGUGGUCUGCUGUUUCUCUCGGCGCAAAGUAUCACCACAGACCAGCGGACCCCAUCGUUAUGUGAAACAGCCAUGGUCAGUGACCAGGGCACCGCCCUGCACCGAUGGGGAACGCGCUGUGCUGCUGCCCGGACCCCGACCCCGGCCCAGCGUCGGCCGACCGCCCACUGAAGUUCCUCGACUCGGCCGGCGGCAAGUCCAACACGGGUGGCGGCAGCAGCGCCCCGUCGGCGGCAGCCACGCCCGACUGGCCCGCCCCCGACUCUGCCCCCCAGCCCCCCGACUCUGCCCCCAACAGCCAGGGGGCCGUCACAACCACCCUGGGCGAGCGCCUCAUGCUCUACCCGCGCUACUCGGAGGCGCGCGCCGCGGCGCUCUUCGAGAAGUACCGGGACGCGGAGGACGACGCGGUGCUCGCAGAAGGGAUCGUGCGGAUGUGCCGCGACCUUGGGGUGCGGCCCGAGGAGUUCCGCGUGCUCCUGCUCGCGUGGAAGUUCGGGGCGCGCCAGAUGUGCCGCUUCAGCCGCGAGGAGUUCCUCUCGGGUUGCCGCGCGCUCCGCGCAGACUCGACGCUGGCGCUCCGCGCCCGGUUUCCCGACAUGCGGGAGGAGGCGCGGGACCCCGCGCGCUUCCGCGACCUCUACCGGUUCACGUUCAAGUUUGGGCUGGAGGCGGGGCAGCGGGUGCUGCCGACGGAGAUGGCGGCGCAGCUUUGGCGGCUGGUGUUCUCGGAGGCGCCGCCGGCGGUGCUGGAGCGCUGGCUGGCGUUCUUGGAGGCGCAUCCAGAGGUGCGCGGAAUCACGGGGGACACGUGGAACAUGUUCCUGCACUUUGCGGACACAGCUGGGCGGGACCUGAGCACCUACGACGACGCCGAGGCCUGGCCGAGCCUCUUUGACGACUUUGUGGAGUUUGAGAACGACCAGACGAACCAGAAUGUGCCGCCGCACCCACUCAAGGGACCGCCCGACGAGGUCAAGGCGGACUGAAGGCGUUGCGGCAGGUGUGUGCCUGCAGUUUCAUAACAAGGAAAAAAACUAAACGCCGCCUCCUGCCGGUAUUGUGACAAGGAGGUGGGACUAGCCGGACCGUGUGGCAGAAAAAGACUGCUUGCCUAAGCUACGACGAAACUUCCGUCAUCCGCACAAAGACAGCCGGUCCGUGGCCAGGAAGUUACGGGCGUCGCCCCUACGACCCGUCGAUCUCGGCUCUGGGAGAGCCGAACAAGCAAUGGCUGAAGCGCUCCGUCGAAAGAAGCAACAUCCACUGCGUAGGCGACCUCCGGAUUUGCAGUGGGUGGUUUUAGCUGUGAGCUCGUUGUAGCCGGCCCAAAUCUACAGCUCUCUGCUGCGCAAUGCACUCUUUCAAACCCCAUCACGCAGUCUGCAGUGCAUUAGGCUUUUAUAACCCAUCGAACAACAUUGGCAGUCACCCUGAAGGAUGGUUUACAUUUGUGACUGCUUUGCUUCUGCUUGUGACUGCUUAUGGCGAUAGAACACACUGACGCUAUUUAUUGGGUUACAUUGGAAGACUUCCGACCUACAUAUAUUUUAUGCACCAUUCCUUCACUGCCUGCUUGAAAUGAUAGUAGCAUUGUUGGAAGAGACCAUUUUUCGUAGAUAAUGCAUUAGCUUGAUCUCUCAACUACUGCAAGCCCUUCAGCCUUGUUAUAGGAAGAUUGGAAAGCUUCCAGGGCUGCCAAUGAGUAGCGCCAGUGUACUAGUGUGUUCUCUCCUAAGUAAUUGCAACACAGUUGACCGCGUAUGUGUGAACUAGCCUUAAAGUCGCUUUCGGCACGUCGCAGGCGUGUAGAUUCGAAGCCUAGCGUCUGCCGACACAAUUAUUGAAUUGCAGAACACUGACACCAAACUCACAUUAAAUGCACACCGAGAGCGGAUGAGUAAAAUAUGCCAACCUUCGACAACUGUCGUGGCGGCUACUAGAUGGCGCAGUGCCUAGUAGCGGCGUUAUUCGUAUGAUUUAGUUUUCGGAGAAUGCAAUUUAUUGACGCCAACAUUCUUGAAUCAAUGUAGUUGCGACACUCCUGAUCGAGUCUAGUAAUUUAUUGAGUUGUAUCGAAUUUUAAGGGGAAGCUGAAGUGCUUCUGUAUUUGAGCAAAUAACAACAACA